CCUACUUCAUAUGCAUGCAAGGACACGAGUCUCGCAAGGCGAACUUCAACCUUUGUCGCCUUCUUUCCAUUCCAACAUCCAGCUAUUCACGACCGCCAUUUCUAUCUUCAGUUACUUUCUAGGCUGCUCUCCUCUGUCAGAACUUACAACAUGGACCGAAGUCUUGACGAGAUUGUUGCAGAAUCCCAGGCAAGGAAGCGCGGUAACCGCCCUCGACGCGGUGGUGGUGGCGGCGGCGGCGGAGGCGGCAGACAACCCCGCGAACGCGACCCGUAUCCUCGCGAUGGCGUUAGAAAGUCAACCAGAGAUGAUAGGAGAGGCUUAGAUUCGGACUGGGUCCACGAUAAAUUCGAGGGCUUUCAUUCCCGAGACCAUGCCCGCAAUCCCCGUCGAAGACGUUCUCCCGAGCUAGCCCAGGAUGGUCGUGGCACAAAGCUUAAGGUUGAGAACUUGCACUAUGAUCUGUCAGAAUCCGACCUCGAGGGUCUUUUUACCAAAAUUGGCCCUGUCUUGAAACUGGAGCUUUUGUAUGACAGAGCUGGACGCUCAGAGGGCGUUGCAUACGUCACGUACGAGGUCCGGGAUGACGCAUUAGACGCAAUUCGCGAAUUUAAUGGAGCGAAUGCCAAAGGCCAGCCUAUUCGCAUAACCCUUCAGUCUUCGGCACCAAGACGCAACCCCUUCGAUACCGCUCAAGUCCCCAACAGGCCGCUAGCUGAACGCAUUACUCGGCCACGAUCACUAUCGCCCAACGACCGAGGGAUUGACCGCUAUGUCCCUGAAGGCGGAAGGCGUUCUCACAGUCCUAGACCUCGACGCCGUGGCAGACGAACAGGGACACGACGAGAUAAUACAGGGGAGGGCACUGGACGCCCUGCAGGUCGAAAUGGUCGUCCCAAGAAGACUCAAGAGGAACUGGACGCUGAAAUGGAAGAUUAUUUCGAGAAGACUAGUGGAAACGUCUCCGGUCAGGCUACGACAACUGGCGCCAGCGAGAAUCAAGCCGAAGCGCAAGCUACGGAUGACGUGGAUAUGAUCGCAUAGGAACCGAUCACGCGUUAAACACUGAGAAUGCUAAAUUAGAACUUAGAAUAUACAUAUCGAGGCUGGUAUAGUCUAAACGAUCCACUACUCUCUUCCAACAGGCUGAGCUUCGACAUCACAUGCUGUUUUGCAAGAUAUUCUUAUGCUACUCUAUAGUCUAAAUAGGUUACUGGUCCAUUAUCAGAUGCCUGAUUUUCUCAUCGCUAUC